GUUCCACAUUCCCCUGUCCUCAUUGGAGAACCGGCUAAUCCCGCUCCCGUGCUGUACGGUGAUUGGUCAGAGACCCAGGAAACGUGGAAGUGUCGCCGCUGUGGUGGCUGGAGUCCGGGCUGGGAUUGUUGCACAUGGUGGAUGGAGGUGACGUGGACGGAGCAGAAGACUGGUCACUGACCCUGUAACCCGUAUAGCGGUCAUUAUGGAGGGGCGUGCGGACGUUGGCUCGGCUGGAGGUGACCCGGCGAGUAAUGAUGCAGCUGCGGGACCGGUGAUGGUGGAAGACCUCUCGCACAGAGGAGAAGGGCCGGUGGUGGAAGUCAUCAUGGUAUUGGAAGGAAGCCAUGUUGAUGACGGACCGGAGGGCCAGGCAGACCAGUCCGUGAUGACUGAGGUGAGGUCCGGAGACUCUGAUAAUAACGUGGAAUGUCGGACGGAGGAGUUGGACGUCUUGGCUUCCAGUGAACAUCUGGUGAGAAAGGAGAGGGACCCGGAUGGGGCCGGUUGUGAGGAAGGUUCUGGUGUAGACGGACCUGCAGCCCAAGCGACUGAGGAGAAGCCAGAGAGGGCCGGUGCUGAGGGUCUGGAUACAGGAGAGACACCAUGUAAGAAGCCAUGCCUGGACGAGACCGACCCGGUGUGUGAUGUGUGCUCAGAUGAGGUGGAAGGAGGAACCUUUGAGGCGAUGGAAGAACGGACGGACCCAACCGACUCCGCAGAGACCCCGGAAGAGGCCUAUGUCCCAGCGCAGAGUGACUUCUCCCAGCAGCCGUGGCCGCUGAUUGGAGCGUGGAACGAGUACUCCGCCAUCCCAGAGAACUUCCUGAAAGGCUGCAAGUGGGCCACGGAUGGAUCCUGCAUACUAACAAACAGUGAUGACAACGUCCUGAGGAUCUUCAACCUCCCGCCAGAGCUGUACACGUGUGAAUGGGAUUUAUUACAAGAGAUGAGCCCAGUACUCCGCAUGGCUGAAGGCGACACAAUAUAUGACUACUGCUGGUAUCCCCUGAUGAACUCGUCUGACCCUGAUUCCUGCUUCAUCGCCAGCACCAGCCGGGAUAACCCCAUCCACGUGUGGGACGCCUUCAAUGGCCAGCUAAAGGCUUCUUAUCGGCCGUACAACCACCUGGAUGAGGUCACCGCCGCGCACUCUCUCUGUUUCUCACCGGAUGGGUCUCAGCUGUUCUCUGGCUUUGACAAGAUGGUGAGAGUGUUCGAUACGUCGAGACCUGGAAGGGACUGCGAGUGUCGCCCCACUUUCCAUAAGAAGCAGGGCCAGCCAGGCAUUAUAUCCUGCAUCACCUUCAGCCCGUCUCAGGAUAUUUAUGCCUGUGGCUCCUACUCUAAGUGCCUGGGACUCUAUUCCUACCACGAAGGGGUCAACCUGGCGGUCAUGCACGGUCGCCAAGGGGGUGUCACCCACCUGCUGUUCUCCCCGGACGGGCACUGCAUAUUCUCCGGAGGCAGGAAGGACCCUGAAAUCCUGUGCUGGGACAUCCGCCACCCGGGACAGAUCUUGACCUCCAUGAAGCGUAACGUUUCCACCAAUCAGAGGAUAUACUUUGACCUGGAGAUCACCGGCCGUUAUCUGCUCAGUGGGGAUACAACGGGUCUGGUCACCGUCUGGGACAUGCUGACCCCUCCGGUUGAGGGGAUCUCCUCUCCUGCCCUACAGUUCCAGGCUCAGAGCGACUGUGUGAAUGGGAUUAGUCUGCACCCGUCUCUGCCCAUCUUGGCCACGGCAUCGGGGCAGCGCCAGUUCCCCAAGCACGAGGACAGCGGUGAUGAGUCCCAGGAGGCAGAGACAUCGAAACGUGGCACCGCCGGAACGAACUGCCUGCAGCUGUGGUGGUGCGGGGGGCGGCAGCGAUGCCAAGUAGAGAGGAGCAUGCUGGGAAAUACACCAAUUCCUGCCCUACCAUAGACGCAAGCACAUACGGGCAGCAGUGGCCGGCUUGGGGAGAUACAUACUGUAUAGUGGCUACCCUCCUAAUAUACUGGCACAGGCGCUGCCGGGAUGCCUCCUUAGGUUGAUGUGUAUAGAAAUGUUUUUGCUUUGUACAUAUGUAGAUAAUGUAUAUAUUUUAUACCUGAGUUGUCUGUACACAUUUUAUGUAUGACCUGUUCACAAUAAAAUGUACCAGUAACGGG